UAUGAAAUUUCUGUUGGUUUUUGAUUUUGACCAUACAAUCGUAGAUGAAAACAGUGAUACCUGGAUUGUGAAAUGUGCUCCUGAGAAAAAACUUCCUGAUGGAUUAAGAAACUCCUACCGACCAGGACACUGGACAGAAUAUAUGGGCAGAGUCUUUGUCUACUUGGGAGACAAUGGUGUCAAAGAAGAUGAGAUGAAGAGAACUAUGACAACAAUUCCUUUCACUGUGGGAAUGGUAGAUCUUCUGCAUUUUAUUGGCGAGAACAGGGAGUUGUUUGACUGCAUAAUUGUCUCAGAUUCUAAUACAGUAUUUAUUGACUGGAUUUUGAAAGCUGCUGACUUCCAUAAGGUGUUUGAUGAAGUGUUUACAAACCCUGCAGCAUUCAGCAGUACUGGCUAUCUUACUGUACAGGACUUCCAUGCUCACCAUUGUGCAAAGUGCCCUAAAAACCUUUGCAAAAGGGAAGUUUUAAAGGAAUUUCUAGAUAAACAGUUGGAGCGAGGAGUAAGUUAUACACAAAUUGUAUAUGUAGGUGAUGGUGGGAAUGACUUAUGUCCAGUAAUGUUUUUGAAGAAGGAUGAUAUUGCUAUGCCCAGGCAGGGGUAUACCUUGGAGAAAAAGAUUUCUCAGUUGGCCCAAAGUCUCAGUCCUGUAGAGUGUUCUGUUCUGGUUUGGUCAUCUGCUAUUGACAUUAUGUCCUACCUGAAACUGCUUAUAAAGGAAUAA